GCUUUUCCUUCAGCUCCUUCUCCUUCCGUGCCGAGAGCCUUUUUCUCAGUUCUGUUUCAAAAACCACAUUGCAAAUUUGCAUCUACUAUCCUCAAGCUUUUACAUAAACAGUUUCUCUUGAUCAUCCGUGCAGAUACUCCCCAUAGUUGAAGAUCACCCUUCGAGAAGCCUUGAGAGCUCAGCUGCUUCCUCCCCAGGCAUCACUUUGGAAGUCACACCAGUUCUCGAUCAAGUCCUGUGAGUCUUCAGGGAGUGCUCGCUCGCGCCUCUUUGCGUCUUUUCUGUUCGUCUGUUGUGGUUGUUUUUUUCUUCCACUUCUUCUGUUCCAGAAUCCACACACCAGCUCGGUUAAGUUACAUUUGCAGUAUUCUGCUGUAACCUUGCCUGUAAUUCUGUAAAAACACUGCAGGCUGUGGCUGCGUCCGACGCUCGCUCGACCAGUUGAUCAUCGCCUAUAGCUUUCAAGCUUAUCGUCUUCUCUCCUCUUCCCUGCUUCCUCCACCCUCCAUCCACUUCAUCCCUCCCUCGUUUCCCUUCCUUCUCCGACUCCUCUUUCUCCUCACCGUCACACCACCAUCCUGCUUUGCCCACCACAACUUCAUCUCCUCCACCCCCCUUCUUUUUCUCUUUUCUCCUUCGAUUUCUUUUGAAUUCCUUUGUUUUGUUUCUCUCUCCAUAGUCUUACACCUGCCUUUGGUUGGUCAACAACUCCUCGAGCCUCUUCCCACCUUGGUUAUUUUCUUCAUUAUUUUAUGUCUCUUUUGUUGUACUCCAACCGUCAACUCGUUCUCCUGCCCAUUUCGCGAACCGUUUAAUCAAAAAAAAAAAAAUCCCAAACAGAGGAUCUUUCCUUUCCUUCCUCCUCCCAGCCCCCCCUCCCUCUCCCCUCUUCGUACUUUCCCAUCCACCCACUUCUUUUGUUUGUUUGUUUGUUUGUUUGUAAUUUGAGCCUCAUCCACAGCUUUCAAUCAUUCAUUCAUGAUCAUGACCGAAGUGUAUCCAGCCCACUAUCACUAUCCUGGUACCGACCACUCGGCUGGCAACUUUGGCCCCGCCUCCAACACCAACAAUCAGCCCAUGUCAAGUGGUCAGAACGACGAGAUGGACAUGCUCAAAUCGACCAACCCAGAUAAGAAGACUCGAUUCGCCACCGGUCCUGCCACUUCUCCGGGUAAUCAGCAGUCCUUCAAUCAAUCGGCCAUCUACAAUGGAAAUAACGGUCUUUCCGGAGGUCAACAGCAGCAACAGCAACAGAACCAGAACAAUAUGGUGGCGAUGGCUGCCAUGUUGGGCCAGAUGCAACAACAACAGCAACAACAGCAGCAAGCGGGUCAAUCGGCUGGAUUCAACCAACUCAUGAACCAAGCAGGCAUCAACGGCGUUGGUAUCAAUACCGCUCUAGCAGCUGGCGUCAAUGGUUAUGGUCAACAUGCCGCUUUUGCUUCUCCGUUACUUGGCACUUUCCCCUCGCCUAACUCUGCUGGAUAUGCCAAUUUUCCCUCCCCCGGACUCAGUCAAGGCAGUUACGGUGCCAUGUCCUCCGCCCAGACUGGUGCAUUUAGUCCAGGUCUCGCCACGGUAUGGCUCAAGUCAGUGGCGGCAGUACCGCUCAAACUGGACGAACGGUCUACGUAGGUAAUCUCCCGGCCGAUGCCGCUGUCGAUGAGCUCCUCAGUCAAGUUCGCUUCGGUCCGAUCGACACAGUCAAGGUGCUCCCCGAGAAAAACUGCGCCUUCAUCUCUUUCUUAGAUCCGACUACAGCUGCCGCAUUCCAUUCGGAUGCUUUGAUGCGCAAGAUCCAGCUCCAUGGCCAAGAACUGAAGAUCGGAUGGGGGAAACCUAGUGCCGUGCCCAUCAACGUCGUCAUGGCUGUCCAGCAAAAUGGGGCCACUCGGAACGUCUACCUGGGCAACCUGGAGGAAACUGUUACUGAGCAGAGCUUGAGGGAUGACCUCAGCCGAUACGGGCCUAUCGAUCAAGUCAAAAUCGUCCGAGACAAAAACAUUGGUUUUGUUCAUUUCUUGUCGAUCGCAACUGCGAUCAAGGUCGUUCAAACCCUUGCCACCGAGCCUGCUUGGGCUGGCCGAAGAGUUCAUUAUGGCAAAGAUCGAUGUGCAUACGUGCCCAAGAACCAACAUCAACAGCAGCAACACAACAUGGCCGCAGCUGCUAUGGCUGCGACUGCCGCUGGCUACGUUGGCUUUAGCAACACCCUCGCUGGGAUAAGCAUGGACCCCAGUCAAGUUCAACCUGGUAAUCGCACCGUGUAUCUCGGCAAUAUUCACCCGGAGACGACCUUGGAAGAGAUCUGUAACACGAUCCGUGGAGGUAUCUUACAGCAAAUUCGUUACAUCCAAGAUAAGCACAUAGCAUUUGUGACAUUUGUCGACUCGAAUGCGGCUGUUGCCUUCUAUCACACGGCCACGUUUCAAGGCAUUGCUCUGCACAAUCGUCGCUUGAAGGUUGGAUGGGGUAAACACUCGGGACCUCCAUCGCCUGGUAUUGCCAUGGUUGUUCAAGCCGGUGGCUCGCGUAACGUUUACAUUGGUCAAAUCGAUGACAUGGAGACUUUUGAUGAGGCGCGAAUCCGACAAGAUUUCUCUCAGUAUGGUGAGAUCGAGCUGGUCAAUCUGCUCAAAGAAAAGAACUGUGCUUUUGUCAACUUCACCAACAUCGCGAACUCGAUCAAGGCCAUCGAAGGCAUUAAACAGAACGAAGAAUACUCCAAAUUCAAAAUCGCUUACGGCAAGGACCGCUGCGCCAACGCCCCUCGCAACGCCCCAUGGGCCCAGCUCUUUUCGCCAACUAUUUCGACAGGCGCCAACGCCGGGCCUCGAAGUGCCCCUGCACAAAUGACUGGCUUCAGCCAAUCGAUGAUGGGUAAUCCCUCCUCCGGAUUUCACAGCGCCGGCUUCAACCCCAACCCAGGACCAGAGGAUUUCUCGAACAUUGUGGUCACUGCUGAGGGUGGAAGCACCCACGCUAGUCCCGAAAUGCCACCACCCGAAGCCUGAUCCCAUUGGCCUUUCCCAACUCACCCUUUUAAGCAUGUAAACAUGCAACUCUGUCCAAAAUGCACUGUACCAAUCAAUUUAGAAUGUGAUGAUGGUUUUCUUCUUGACCCUCGAAUCACAACAAAAAAAACAAAAAGGAAUUCGAUUUCGCAAGCAAUAUGGGGUUUGAUCCGCCACUUACUUUUUAUAAUAAAAAAAACCAGUAACUUUCUUUUACCGAACUCGACAUUCAAUUUUUUUUGUUAGUUCAUUCAGGUGGCGUUUGUGGUGAGAAGACAUACAAGUGAUGUGCAUUCGGGUUUGUUUCUUCGGUGUCGUUGAUGAUUCGGUUUAUUUUCCUUUCUUUCUCCCUCUCUAAAGUGUCUGGUUUCUAUUGUGUGUUUUCCUGCUGUUUCCUUCAUACAUGACUGCUGUUUCCUCACUUUUUUGUUUGAUUCUUUAUUAACACACACAUAUAUAUAGUGAAAACAUGAAGAGUGUUUUUCCCCAUCGCCCUCCUCUUUCUUUUGCCUCUUUAUUAUCCUAUCCUCGUGCCCCCUUUUUUCAUGUCUGCUCUUACUUUGGGGGAUGGCGAAAGUGUCGAAACAAUUUGAGAAGAAAACACUAUGCUUGUUCUUUUUGUCAAGCUUCGGAGAUCGAUCUUCUUUGUCUUUGAAUUAAACUUUUCUUCUUAAAUACAUUCAAACACCAUAACACAUAAAGACAAAGAACAUAUCUUACCAUACGUAGGUUUAGCAGUCUCUUUUUGUUCUACAUGCUUAUUUUGGAGGUACGAGUUAUACUUUGCCUCUAUAUUGAAAUUUCAAUCUGCUUUUGAGAUAGAUCUGUUCCUGUCAUCUAUCAACCAAGUAAUCAAAGCUUCCCUAUAUACCAAGC